GGUGGUGUGCUUGUUGGCCUUUUUGCUAAAGCCCUUUUGUUGUGGGUAGCAGCAUAGCUUAGCGUGUAGCGCUCUGACGCGUCUGUCUCUCCCCCCCUCAGGAUAUACUACUGGUAUGACGAGAGAGGGAAGAAGACGAAAUGCACUGCCCCCCAGUACGUGGACUUCGUCAUGAGUUUGGUGCAGAAGCUGGUGACGGACGACGACAUCUUUCCCACGAAAUAUGGUAAAGAGUUCCCCAACUCGUUCGAGUCGCUGGUGAAGAAGAUCUGCCGCUACCUGUUCCACGUGCUGGCGCACAUCUACUGGGCCCACUUCGGCCAGACGGUGGCGCUGGAGCUGCAGGGACACCUCAACACGCUGUACACGCACUUCGCGGUCUUCGUGCGGGAGUUCAACCUGGUGGACCCCAAGGAGACCGCCAUCAUGGAGGACCUGUCGGAGGCGCUCUGCACGCCCCUGCCCGCCGCACAGAACCACGUGACGGAGAGAUGAGAGGCGGCGCCCACACCGCACGGGCGUGGGGAGGAGGAGGAGGAAGAGGAGGAAGAGGAGGGGGAGCAGGAGGGAGAAGGAUGGGGGUAGGAAGGGGCGGAGCCAGAUUCAGGCGUCUGCAGGACUUUGUAGAGACCUUCCGCACACAGAGUACCGCUAUAUAAGGACUGUGCAGUGGGGGUGGG